AUGAGCUCCAGUUUGCAGAGGAUACGUCAAGAGGAGCGUCCAUCUCAGGCUCCGCCCACAUUUUAUUCCGAUGAAGAAGAAGAGCAGGAAAAGAUUUCCAUGCCUCAGCAGCUGUGUGAUCGAUCAGACCUACUGCAGAAUCUGCACUUCGACUUGGAUGCUCUGAAAGGAGGACUGCAGUACCAGGACAGUGAUGUGAGCGGUACAGCUCCAGCUGAGGAGAGAACCGAACCAGAGCUCCAAGAUCUCGCUCUCUCAGGAGAAAUCAGUGCCAACCCUCCAUCUUCAUCUCAGGAAUGUGAAGUGGUGCCUGACCAUUCUGAUGACAUGAAGGUGGGGUUCCGUUCCAAGUUUUCAGAGAAAAUUCUAGACCUGUCUGAUCUCUGCCUGGCUGAACCUUCAACAGAUCCAAAGGAAAAAGAAAAGGAUAGAAGGAGAGAGGAACAUGAUGACUGUGAGGAGGAUGAGGAAGAAGAGAUGAGAGGGGACGCGACAAAGAGAUUGAUGGUUGAGGAGGAGGAAGAGAAAAGAAAGCGUGAGGAUGAAGACAGAACUAAAAGAGAGCGAGAAGGGGAGGAUGAGAGAAGGAGGCAUGAAGAUGAGCAGAGAAUGAAGAGGGAAGAGGAGGAGGAGGAGACACAGAGACAGCUGGAGCAGGAGAGGUUGAGACUGGUGGAGGAGCGUGACAGAAGACUGCACCUCAUCCGAGAAGAGCUGAGAGAAGAAGAAAAGGAGGAGCGAAGGAUUGAGGAGGAGAAUGAGGAAAGGAUCAGGGCUCUAAAGGAGCGCCUGCAGAGAGAGAGACGAGAGGAGGAGGAACGUCUGGACCAGGAAACACAGACCAAACUACAGCAACUCAAAGAGCAAGUGCUGAGGGACAGAGACACACACCUACACACACUCAGGGAGGAGAACGAGGAGAGGGUGAGAGAGCUGCGUGCUCAACUGGAGGCAGAGCGAGAGAGACUGGAGGUGCAGAGGAGGUGGGACUUGGACAAAAUGAGGGCGGAGUCAGAGGAGGAGUUAAAGGCUGAGAAAAAGCGGCUUCAGGAGAUGAGGGAGGAGCAGAUAGCUUCACUCAGACUGGAGGAGAUGACCAGUGAAAGACAGCGAGACCUGAGAAGUCUUCAACCUGAACAGCAGUUACUGGAGUAUAAAAGAGAGCUGUCUGAUGUGCUGCGGAAAGUGAGGGAGGAAGUGCAGAAGGAGCACAGCAGAAAGCUGGAACAGCUUAAAGAGGAGCAUCGACACAAGCUGCAAGCCAUCAGAGAAACGCACCUGGAGGAGCUGUCUGAUGUGCUGCGGGAAGUGAGAGAGGAAGUGCAGAAGGAGCACAGCAGGAAGCUGGAGCAGCUUCAAGAGGAGCAUCGACACAAGCUGCAGAGCAUCAGAGAAAUGCACUUGGAGGAGGAGAGUAACCAGCGGGAGCGUGUGAUGAGUGCACUCCAGGAGGAGAGAGAGCGACUUCUCACCUCACACACCGCUCAGGUGGAGCAGCUCAGACAGCAGCUGGACACACAGCUCCACAACAUGCGCAAAACACACAUGCAGAAGGAAGCUGAAGUGCAGGAGUUGCUUGAGAAAGUAGAACUGAAGACCAAAGAACUCAAAAUUCAAGAAUCAAAACUCCUAGCUCAGGGAGCAGAUUUAAAGAAGAGGAGGAAACAGCUGCACAAGAAAGAAGAUGAAGUUGAGCGGGGAGUAGAGACUCUUCCACGCCUACUGAAAGAGAGAGAUCAUCUUUGUGCCGAUCUGAAGAGCGCGAAAGAGGAGAGCGACAGAGUGAGGGAUGAAAUGGAUAAAGAGAGGGAGGAGAGAAUGAGGGAGAGGGAGGAGAUGGAGAGAGUGAGGAAGAGAGAGAGGGAGAAAAAUGAAAGGAUGAAAGAAGAAAGAGGGAGACUGCAGAGCAAAGUAGAGCUGCUACAGGACAAAUGUGAUCGGCUCAUCCGAAGAGUCAGUGAGUUGGAGCGGAGUGAGAGUGCAGAAAAUGGACAAGAAGAGAAGGACAGGGAGAGUGAGGAAAAGGGGAAGAAUAAAGAGAGUGAGGAGACAUUGAGAGUGGAAGAGCCUUCUCCAUCCUCUGACACUCGCAGCAAUGUGGAGAAGCUGCAUGAGUUCAUCUCAAGGGAAAGUGUCUUGCUACAGAGAGCAAGACAGUUCUUAGACUAUCAGACUGGCAAUCUGAGAGAAAGACAGGUGACGCUCAGGGCAGCCCGGACCAUUCUUCAGGACCCCACGCCUGUGGGCAUGGUCUACCUGCUCCCCCAGCACCUCCUGCAGGAGGCAAGUUGUUUGGAGGAGCUGAAGGAGAUGGUGCAGGUGGGUCACACUUUACUGAGGAAGAAAGAGGAGAGACUGAGCCAACUGGAGAACUCUCUAGUUGAGGAGCUGUCCUGUGGUGACGCAGAGAGGAUGGAGGCAGAGCGGAAAGUCCCGUUUGAUGUUACAGAUUCAGAGAUGAGCAGUGUGCAUGGUCAAGAAGGAACAGUGAAAGUGCAGCAGUUAGCCGACUCCCUACAGCAGAUCUCCAGCCAGCUGAACACGGUGUUAGGAGCACUGGGAUCUCUGACACAAACAACAUCCACAUCCUUCCCGCACACUUUUUCACGUCCUGCUGUUCCGUCCUGGGCGUGGUCUCCAAACACCACCUCGUCCUCCGCAGCCAAUCAGAAUGGCAUGUGA